GUGAUUCACUGGAACUCACCAAAGAAGCUGCGAGUGAAAAACAAGCACGUGGAGUUUUUUCGCAACCUCUACCUGACAUUCCUGGAGUAUGAUGGGAAUUUGCUGAGACGGGAACUCUUUGGCUGCCCCAGUGAGGCAGAUGUUAACAGUGAAAAUCUCCAGAAACAGCUGUCUGAGCUGGAUGAGGAUGACUUGUGCUAUGAAUUUCGUCGAGAACGUUUCACUGUCCAUCGCACUCAUUUGUAUUUCCUACACUACGAGUACGAGCCUGCGUCAGACAACACUGAUGUCACACUGGUGGCACAACUUUCCAUGGACAGGCUCCAGAUGCUUGAAGCCAUCUGUAAACACUGGGAAGGUCCAAUCAGCCUGGCACUCUACCUUUCGGACGCGGAAGCCCAGCAAUUUCUGCGCUACGCUCAGGGCUCAGAGGUACUGAUGAGCCGCCACAACGUUGGCUACCAUAUCGUGUACAAGGAGGGCCAGUUCUAUCCUGUGAAUCUGCUGAGGAAUGUGGCCAUGAAGCACAUCAGCACACCAUACAUGUUUCUGUCCGACAUUGACUUCUUGCCCAUGUAUGGACUCUACGAGUACCUCAGGAAGUCUGUCAUCCAGCUAGACCUAGCUAACACCAAGAAAGCUCUGAUUGUACCUGCUUUUGAGACCUUACGCUACCGCCUCUCUUUUCCCAAGUCAAAAGCAGAGCUGCUAUCUAUGUUGGACAUGGGAACCCUCUUCACAUUCAGGUACCACGUCUGGACGAAAGGGCAUGCUCCAACGAACUUUGCCAAGUGGCGAACAGCCACCACUCCCUACCGCGUCGAGUGGGAAGCAGACUUUGAGCCAUACGUCGUGGUGAGGAAGGACUGCCCAGAGUAUGACAGGCGGUUUGUUGGAUUUGGCUGGAACAAAGUAGCUCACAUCAUGGAACUGGAUGCACAGGAGUACGAGUUCACGGUGCUGCCCAACGCCUACAUGAUCCACAUGCCACACGCCCCCAGCUUCGACAUCACCAAGUUUCGCUCCAACAAGCAAUAUCGCAUCUGUCUCAAGACCCUGAAGGAGGAGUUCCAGCAGGACAUGUCACGCCACUACGGCUUUGCAGCCCUCAAAUAUCUCACGGCAGAGAACAACAGCUAGCACCACAGAGCCCACGUGUGGGAAACAGGGACACCGGAAGGAAGAGCCACUCAACGUUUGGGGCCUGGUCUUCAAACUUCAAACUGAGAGAUAUUUUCUGGUUUUAUAUCAUACUUGGCAGUUCUAACAGUAGAAAUUUGAAGUGACAUGUCUUCGGACUAUGUUCAUUCGUCCCUUCCCCGACUACCCCAGGCCUUUUGGCUUUAGCAUUCGUGAGGUGUCUGUGAGUGGGGCCAGCCAGGCGCUCUCCAUGCCACCAAAGGUGGGGACUGGGCAGGGGCUGGGAAUGCACUUUGCUCUCUUAACAGCAGAGCAAAGACAGACCUUCAAAAAUAGAGGAUUUCAUGUUGCUAUUUAAUAAUUUGACAUGCUUUUUAUCUGUAAAGGA